AUGAUCCACGCCAAUUCACUCCUCCGCUCCCCCCCGCUUUCCUCGUCGGCCGAGCGACUUGCUGCUGAUUUAACACCCAUUCUCCGAGAGCUGAAAGCUAUCUGUGGCCACAAGGGUGCCGAUUUGGAGGAUGUCCUCACCGCGACCGAGUCGUUGCUCCGCCUGCGUCAUACCUUCAUCGACAAUGACCACCCCCGGGCGGCCAAAGACGCGUUUCGUCACCUGUUGGGUUUCCAGACCCUGUUAGACCUGAUUUCCAAGGUCUCCGGGAUAUAUGAUGCCGAGGGACUGUCGAGGGAUGAGCGGAGGUCUUUACUGACGCUGUGCAAGGAUGCGUUGGGAGUGCUGGCCGAGAGUCUGAAAGAACACUUUGGAAAUAAGCGGUAUUUUGCAAAACGCAUCGCAGGAGGAGGGUCCCUUGUCCUGGAAAAUGCUCUAGCACAUCUAGCCCGGGAGACGCAUAGCGUUGAUGGUGACCGGGAACACUUCUACGGCAGCAUCCUGGCUGCCGCCCUCUGUCAAGAGACGAUUGCAGAUGUCUUCUCCACCCUAAGCACCAAGAUGCAGCACAGGGGCGACGACAAUGUCUCCCCCACUGAUGUCCGAUCAGCCUUGGACCGAUCUCUGGGAGCUGCAGAAAUCGUAGAAGUUCCGGAACUUCUCGGUCUCUUUCUUCGGCUUUGGCUGGCUCAACCGUCGUUGCUGCCGAGGGGUUGUCCCCUAACUCUAGCUAUUCCCGCAUGUCUGUGUCAACUGGCCUCCCAGUCUCAGCGAAAUGUGGCGGCUUUGAAUGCGACCGGCAUGUUAUCCUCGAUCUUGCCGCUCCUCUUUAGUGGCGAUCGCCCGGAACCAGAGCGAGCCUUGUAUCAGGAACUUGCGCGGGUCCUUUGCACCCAGGGAAUGAGUAAUGUGGACGAUGCCGUCACCCUGUACCGAGAGGCCCAUGAUCGCCCUGAGGUCCUAAGGUUUCUUCUCGAUGCCUUCAAGUGCUCGAAAGAGCCUCCCUUCAUCCAUUUCGAUAUGUCAUUACAUGGAUAUUCUUCUGUAGAAUUCUCGACUCUCGGGCGCUCGUUCCCACCCGUUUCUUCAUCCGGCUACACUCUGGCAGUGUGGGCGCGUUUUGAUCAGUUUGACCCAGACACUCACUCAACCAUUUUUGGAGCAUUCGACGCCAGUCAGACUUGCUUCCUCCUUGCAUAUCUCGAGAAAGAAACUCGCCAUUUCAUCCUCCAGACUUCAAUCAGAGGCUCUCGCCCCAGUGUUCGGUUCAAAUCGAUGGCGUUCGAACCGAAUCGAUGGUAUCAUAUCUGUGUGAUUCACAAACGACCAAAAUCUACCGGUUCCUCCCGUGCCUCUCUCUUCAUAGACGGAGAAUUUGUCGAACAGCUCAAAAUCGAUUAUCCAGCGGCGCCCUUGGCAAAUCCUCAGAACCGAACACCACGCGUUCAAGCCUUUUUCGGAACGCCUCAAGACUUGGCGAUGAGACUAGGCAAGGGGGUCUCAUCCUCUCGUUGGUCAUUGGGGAGUGGGAUCCUUUUUGAGGAGACAUACAGCGACGACAUGGUCUCCGUCUUUUAUAAUCUUGGUCCGCGUUACUUUGGCAACUUUCAAGAUUGCUUGGGGUCCUUUCAAACCUAUAAAGCGUCCGCGGCCUUGAAUCUACGAAACGAACAUCUUCACCCCGAUAAAGAGGAAGACACUGAUAUCAUUACUGCCAUCCGACGGAAAGCGAGUGUCCUUAUUCAUGAGAGUUCUAUUCUGAUCAACAUCUGCCCUGCGGGCGUUCUUGACGAUGACGACAAUAACAAUGUUGACGAGUCUCAAUUGGUUAAAUCUUUGUCUAAACAGGCGGCAAAGAAUCUGAAUCAGUUGACCAAGUCUGGUGGCAACGCAGUCGCAGUCAACGGCGCGACACCUGCAAUCAAUGGUGCUCUAACACAGGCCCACGGUGUUGGGAUCCUAACCGGUGAUCCCGUAGUUGCAGUUCCCCAGUCUUUGGAUGACGCGAGCUGGCGCAUUGGCGGCUGCGCAGCGGUCCAGCUGAGCUUGAUUCAAGCCGCAAGCACGGCAGAAAGCUUGCUUUUGUCUGUUGAAAUAUUGUACGAGGCAGUGCAGGAUAGCUGGAGAAAUAGCGAAGCCAUGGAAAGGGAAAAUGGAUACGGGAUUUUGGCAGCGCUACUCCGAGAAAAGCUUGGGUUUCCACAUGAGAAACCCACGGCUUCCUCCAAAACACCAGUUGUGGUCUCCAAUGGCCAGGAGAGAUCUGACCUGGCCGUUCAGCUCCUCCGUCUUACUCUCAAGUUCGUUGGCUAUGAUUUUGAGAACCCUCGCCGCUCCAUCAUCACCAACCCCCUGGCAUAUAGAGUGCUGUUGGUGGAUCUUGAUAUCUGGCGAGUCGGAGAACUUCCUCUACUACAGCUCUACUAUUCGCAAUUUGCCGUCUUUGCUGCUGAGAGCCAAUUCCGUCGUUUCAAUUCAAAACGCCUCUCUCGCAUGCGAGUGAACAAGAAACUUCUGGAAUGUUUAAAGGGAGAGGAAUUCACUCAAGAAGCUUUGCAGCUUCUGAUCAAUGCAUUUAGAUCUCUGAUGGACAGUUGUUUGUCCACAGAGCUACUUCGGUCCUUGGCUCUUUUCAUCACAUAUUCUCUUCAUAAGCAGAAGCCAUCCCCUGCAUUGCAGAAGAAGAAAAGUAUCCGAUUUCUCAAAGGCCCGCAACAGCCACUCGACUCCGGUGCCAAUCCAGGAAAACAUGUACCAAGUUCCACAGUAGCAAUAGCCAUGCUCCGCAUGUAUUGCUCGUACCUUCUGCAGGCCCAUGAUCUUACUCCAAUCAAAAAAUUUGCUAGAGCGGUCACGAAUAAAUGGCUUUUGUACCUUAUGUGCGAGGAUGAGCCGGAGGUUGUUGUACUCGCAGCCAAGAUACUGGCUCGUCUGAUUGUCAUCCACGGCAGUAUAUACAGCAAGAAGUUUGGUGACAAGAAUGGGGGAUAUGUGAUCAUGCAACGCCGUCUCAAACGCUGGACACACGUCCCGGUGUUAUGGCCGAUCUGCCUCUCCAUCCUCUUUGGUCUAGAUGUUGGGCUCCUCAAUUUUCACGGACCAUUUGAUCCUUCUGUGCUUUUUGAGGUCAUGUCGUCCAGGAGCAAGGUCACAGUAGUCUUCCCCGAGGUGCUACCAGUCAUCACAGCGAUGAUGCAGAGUGGCUUGAAGAAAGCGGUUUUGGAAACCGACGGGCUGGGCUCAGAGGAGAACAGCCGUCAAUUGUUGCAAAAUCUUCUUUACCAAGUAACCCGACCAUCCAUGUCUUCAUCUUCUCCCGUUGGAAAACCAAUCGAAGGCGCUGCAAUCCUCAUUACCGUUGUUGAUUUCUUUACCAUGAUGCACGCAAAGUCAUCUGGGUUUCGGGAUUUCGCCACGCAGUCAAUUUACGUUCAGGAAUUACUCUCAGUUCUAUUCCCCGUGGCUGUUGGGUCGGACAUUGUCAGCCCCGAUGCGGAAUUGAACUUUCGCGAUGGUACAUUGAGUCUUGAUGAUAAAAACUUGGUCAUUCGCCCGCGUUCGAGUCCAGCAACAGUGUUGCGAACAACCACCGUUGAAGGAUCCGGUAUCCCAGAUGAACGCGGCGGCUCACUCCGUCGUGGAUCAUCGUUCAUUCUGGUUUCAUCUGACAAGGCGAAAUAUUUGCCAUCGCCUGCUUGUAUACGCCAUUCUAUUCAUACCGACCCUAGCGGGAAUGGGACCAUGACUGAGAAUCCUAUUGUCAAAUCUGUGCUGGAACUGAUUCUCAUCGUCUUCUCCGAUCAGCUUCUGCAAAGGAAAGACUUCUCCGGUCUGGGUCUCUACUUGAAAACACCCCCUAGUUUCCCUGAACACCAAACAUUCUUCGAAUCUUGGGUUUUCAGAAGCUUCCUGGCCAAGCUACGAGGCAUCUCGAGCUCGGAUAAACAACUACUCUUGGAAUCACGGGUCCUCACGAAUCUGGGACGCUUUGCCACCCACAUAGGUGAAGCAUUAUACGAAGGGUGGUUCGUUGACGGGGCUAUCCCAACUCUUGAUUUCUUGGGAACCAUUUUGGAAUUCCUUCAGCAGCCAGAGAUAUCCUCUCUGAAGAUCAUUCGGCUGUGUAGCCAGUCGAUCGUCACCAUCCAGACAACAAUUUUCCGAGUCGCCUUGCUGAGGUUAUCGGAAAUCGAUGAUACGGAGGCAUUGCUCUUCUUGAAACGCCUGACAUACUGGCAGGCGGUGCUCCUUUCGACCAGCGAAGCACACUCUGAAUACUUGCAGCUCUUGUGCUACCUGCUUUAUACCCGGUUAAUCAGUGACCACGAAGCUGUCCGCCCUGCCGCUGCCAGCCUCUGGCGCGUCAUCCUCGUCCAGAAGCCUGCUGAGAUGUCUGCGAUCCUGGCACACGCAUCGACAUCGCUUCAACAACGAUUGUCGGGGUCCUUCGAAAUGCUUGUGGGGAUGGAUGAUGCUGCUUUCCUUGAAUGGGUUGAUGACCAGCGUGACGAUCUUGAUGCCUUGUUCUUCGGAUCACUGUCUAAAGUCUGGGAAUCUUUUGUGCAAGGCGAGAACUCCAAAACUGAAGAUUCAGCACGGGUGAGAGGGACAAAACGCAAAGAGAAGUUGAAGGUGUGGAACCAGAGUGAAAUGUUUGAAGAGGAGGUGAUGCGGAAGCACGACGUCACCUUUCAGCGCUGGGUCGCCAAUAUCUCGGCUUCGGAAUUCUUGAAACAUCAGAGAGCUUUACAGGACCAGCAGGAUAAUGCGGCCUUUAUGUGGUCUGCUUUCUCAAACCUGUCGAUGGAUCUUCGCCGCUUUGGUGGUGUUCUGGCGGAUAAGAAAGAACGCAAAUGGCGCCUCGACCAAACCGAGGGACGGAGUCGGAUGAGGCGCCGGAUAGUCCCCGAUGAGUCUGGGGAGCAACAGGACUACCAACCCAAGAGAAAGGCAUCGGAGCCCCCAGCCAUCAAAAUCGACACGCAACUGCAACCCUUGCCGAGUAGCGAGACUGCGUCCAUCACCCCUGUAGCCAUGACAGCGGAGCCGGGCGAGCAAAAUCCCCAGGGUGGUGUCGUCGACGCAGACACGAAGAGUGUCCUCGACGAGAGUUUUGAGAUGGUGGAUGAUCCCAAAGCGGAUUUUGAAGACUAUGAGGAUAAGAACCGCAAGGUGAUGAGGAGCCUCCACCGUGGAGACCAGGUCCAAAGCGUCUGCAAUGUCUCUCGCAUCAUAGGGCUGGAGGCAAACGAAGGGCUUCUUAUCCUUGGCAAAGACAGUAUCUACAUUCUGGAUAACUUCUUUCAACGGGCAGACGGCGAGAUUGUAAACGUCUGGCAAGCUCCUUCUGAAGAGAGAGACCCCUACGUUCGCAUGAUCGCUGGCAGAGAGGCCAACGUCCGCAGAUCCCAUGAGCACGAGACGAGAAGCUGGAAAUGGUUGGACUUGGUCAGCGUCUCGAAACGGCGGUUUCUUUUCCGUGAUGUUGCCCUGGAGGUGUUCUUCACCGAUGGAACGAGUUACCUGCUGACCCUUAUAUCCUCAAGGGUCCGAGACGACCUCUGCAAUCAAUUAGCCUCCAAGGCUCCACAAGUCACCGGGAGCACGAUCCAUUCUCGCCCGGAGGAUAUUUGGAGAUUCGAGAUGCUGAGAAGCCAGGAUGACGCGCCACAAUCUCUUGGCUCGAAAUUUGCGAGUGUCUUUGGACACUCGCCUGCAAACCCAGCCACCCGGAAAUGGGUCAGGGGGGAAAUGUCGAAUUUCCAUUAUCUGAUGCUAGUGAACACGCUUGCAGGAAGAACGUUCAACGACUUAACCCAGUACCCGGUCUUCCCCUGGGUCCUGGCGGACUACACAAGCGAGGAGCUGGACCUGACAAAUCCAAAGACAUUCCGCGAUCUCUCCAAGCCCAUGGGCUGCCAGACACCUGAACGUGAAGCCGAACUGAGAGAGCGAUACAAUUCGUUUGCGGAGAUGGGGGACGACAAUUUCCCUCCAUUCCAUUACGGGACUCACUAUUCCUCCGCGAUGAUUGUGUGCUCGUACCUGAUCCGCCUCCAGCCUUUUGUCAAGUCGUAUCUACUCCUCCAAGGCGGGACUUUUGACCACGCAGAUCGACUCUUCUACUCUGUGGCUAAUGCCUGGGAGUCUGCUUCUCGCGGGAACAUGACCGACGUGAGAGAGCUGAUCCCGGAAUUUUUCUACCUCCCCGAGUUCCUCGUCAAUUCGAACCGGUAUGAUUUUGGGUUGCUCCAGAACAUGACCAAGGUCAUCGAUUCGGUCGAGCUGCCUCCAUGGGCCAAGGGCGAUCCGAAGAUCUUCAUCACCAAACACCGGGAAGCGCUGGAAAGCCCCUAUGUGACGCAGAACCUACACCAUUGGAUCGACCUGGUGUUUGGCUGUAAGCAAAAGGGCGAGGCAGCGGUCGAGGCCGUCAACGUCUUCCACCACCUCUCCUACCAGGGGGCCAAGGAUGUGGAUAACAUUGACGACCCCAUGGAGCGAAUGGCGACUAUUGGCAUCAUCCAUAACUUUGGACAAACUCCCUAUCAGAUCUUCAACCGCUCUCACCCUUCGAGGGAAGAGCAGCAGUAUAAGACCCCACGGCUUGACUACCUUGCUGAGUCGCUCACCCAGGUUCCCAUUUCACUUCUAGAUACCAAAGAGAAAGUCUCGUCGUUAUCCAUGAAACAAGACCGUCUUCUCUGCGCCGCUGCCUUGAGACUGAAUAUCCCCCCAAACUAUGACAGGUACAUGGAAUGGGGAUUCUCGGAUGGAAGUGUUCGGUUCUACUCGGCAGACAGCCGUAAGCUUCUUGGUCACUUCGAGCACUUGCAUAUCGGCCAACUGUCCUGUGCGAUCUUUGCAGACUCGAGAACCCUGAUCACGACCGGCACGGAUUGCACCAUCUCGACCUGGACAUAUACGUUUACGUCCAAGUUCGUUGAUCUCCAGCCCACGGGGUCACUGUUCGGGCAUCGGACGCCCGUCACGGUGCUAGCCGUGUCGCGAGCGUUCAGCACUCUUCUUUCCGCCUCGACGGAUGGACAGAUCCUGCUGUGGGAUCUGAACCGCCAGAGUUUCGUGAGGGAACUUCCUGCUGAGGGACCGGUGGAGUGCGCCCGAAUCAACGAGGUGACCGGCGACGUGAUGGUAUGCAGGGGUAACCGGCUCACCAUGUAUACGCUCAACGGGGAUGUGUUACUGGACCAAGUGGUCUGCGAGGCGGCCGACGACCACGUCCUGUGCUGUAUCUUCUACGAGGGGAGUGGCGACGAGUGGCUGGAACGCGAGCUGGUCUUGACGGGCCAUCGCCGGGGUCUCGUCAACAUCUGGAGCAAGACGGUCCGCCAGGGCCGGUUCGAGCUGGACCUGAUCCGGCAACUCCACCAUGUCGACCACCAGCGCGACAACGGCGCCAACAUCGCCGUCGGGAUCAGCUGUAUCCUCGCUCUGCCCACUGUGGUCUACACGGGAGACGAAGCCGGGCGGGUGUACGAAUGGAACUGUGUCCAGCGGCAUUAA